GAAUUUACUUUAUAAACAAUGCCAGUCAAGAAAAACAAUGAACGACGACUUUGAUUAAUCAACAAAUAUAACAAGUUAAGCAGAAAAUGAACUCAACAUUUAAAGGUUCUUUGUUAAUAGGAAACAUUUUUUCGAAGAAAUUUAAAGCACUGCGUUUUUUUAGCAUCACUGUUAAAAGCUAUUCAAAUGAGUCUUCCUCUAAAGGUUUUUUUCAAAAACUUAUGGACAUUACUCCUGUUUCACCUCAUAAAAGUGCCCACUCAAAAGUUUUGACACAAAACAAAGUUAUAUAUGAAAUACAAUUUGAAAAUGUCAAGCCAGAGUUUAGAAGAGAGUACUUGAAAGAAACUGCAUUGAUGAUGACAAGUUUAUCAAAUAACAAAUCUUUUCCUGGAAUAUUGGUAGGAAGUUGGACAACAUUGUAUGGUGACUUAGACCAAGCAGUACAUAUUUGGUCUUAUGCUGAUGGCUAUGAUGGAGCAAUGAACAGCAUUAGGUAUAUGAAUGGAAACAAGGAAUAUCAAGAAUAUGAACAAGUGAGAGGUCAUUGGUUAAAAAGCAGAAAAAACCAGCUUCUUCAAGAAUUUAGUUUUUGGGGAACUCCUCAACCACGAGGUCCAUCUCACAUCUAUGAGUUAAGAAGUUAUAGACUUAAGCCAGGUACUUUGAUUGAGUGGGGAAACAAAUGGGGAUCAGCUAUUCAAAUUCGACGAAAAGAUGCAGUAGGUGGCUUUUUCUCUCAAGUUGGAGAUCUUUAUGAAGUUCAUCACAUGUGGGCAUACCAUGAUUUGGAACAUCGCAAAAAGCAGAGAGAAGACAUGUGGGAGGCACCUGGAUGGGAUGAUCUUGUUGCAGGAACAAUACCGUUAGUUCGAUCGAUGGAAGCUCGCGUCUUACAGCCUAUAUCUAGUUCUCCAAUGCAGUAAUGUUUUACAUAAAAUGUUGUCGUUUUUCGUGAGUCUUUAUAUACAACGUAAAAGUUGAGUUUUUUUUUAAUACAUACAUUUUAAAGCAUGUUUAAAUGCUAUUUAAAUACGCGAUUCUCACUGAAACAAAAAGCGAUAUAUUUGUUAUUUCAUAUAUACAUAAACAUGUAACACCGCCUUUAAAUUGAUUUUUUGUAUGUAAGUCAUAGACGAAAAAUAUAACAUUUUUGCAAAAU